GUGGCGGGAAACUAGAGGGAGAAAACCCAUGCAUACACAUACAGUAAACGGAAUCAAGAAUCCAAACUACAAACAAUCAGUCAAACCUCUUGAUUCCACAUUUCAUGUUUAUAUCUCCUAACCUCUGAUUAUUUCUUCUAAGAAUCGAUAUCUCCCUCUUUCAAUCAUUACAUUUUUCAAGUUACUUUCUACACACCACCCAAUCGAGCUUCCAUUCUGAACAAUGUUCUGGACUCCGCCGGAAGGUGUGGAGCCCCAGCCCCUGACGCCGGUGUUGGAGAAGCCCGAAGUUCCGGACUCCCCGUUGCCUUACUUGGAUACAACCACCAGUCGCCGGAAGUUUAAUGGAGGGAAUGAUCAUAUCGAGGAGGAGGAGGAGGAGGAAGUGAUUCCGCCAUCGGCUGUACCAUUUCUGGCAUUGUUUGCCUGUGCAGACGGGCUUGAUUUUCUUCUGAUUAUGUUGGGUUCGUUGGGUGCUGUUGUUCAUGGUGCAUCCCUCGUAGUGUUUUUACAUUUAUUUGGAAAGAUUAUUCAUUUAUUGAGCUUACGUAAUAAUGCAGAUCAACUGUUCGACCAUUUUUCCCAGUAUGCUCUGUAUAUCGUGUAUAUAGGCUUAACUGUUUUUACUGCUGGAUGGAUUGAGGUUUGGUGUUGGAUUCUUACUGCUGAAAGACAAACUGCUGUAAUUAGGACCAAAUAUGUUCAGGUUAUAUUAAACCAAAACAUGACCUUUUUUGAUACCUAUGGAAACAAUGGGGAUAUAGUCAACGAAAUCUUGACUGAUGUUCAAGUCAUCCAAUCUGUUAUUGGUGAAAAGGUUGGGAAUUACAUUCAGCACAUAGCAACAUGCUUGGGUGGACUUAUCAUUGCAUUUCUUAACAGCUGGCAGAUUGCAUUUGUAGCAUUAGCAACAGGCCCAAUAAUCAUUGCUGCAGGUAGAAUUUCAAAUGUAUUUUUCUAUAGGUUUCAAGAAAACCUUCAAGAUGCUAAUGAUCAUGCUGCAAGUGUUGCUAAAGAGGCACUAUCAAACAUUAGGACACUAUAUGCAUUCACAAAUGAAGCAUUAGCCAAGCAUUCUUACGCGUCUUCUCUUCAGGAUACAUUAAAAUAUGGGAUCAUAAUAAGCCUUGUUCAAGGGCUUGGAUUUGGAUUCACAUAUGGAUUUGGAAUGUGUUCUUGUGCUUUACAACUUUGGGUUGGAAGGUUUUUAGUCACAACUGGAAAAUGCACAGGUGCUGAAAUCGUGACAUCCAUUUUCGCUAUAGUUUUAAGUGGCCUUGGGUUGAAUCAGGCGUCUAGGAAUUUGUGGUCAUUUGAGGAAGGGCGUAUAGCUGCAUACAGACUGUAUGAGGUUAUAAGACAUGCGGGGUCUACUUGUACAGAUGAUGGUGAUUCAGAUGGAAAUAGUUUAGUUUCUGUUCAAGGAAAGAUUGAGUUUAGGAAUGUUUAUUUCAGCUACCCUUCUUGUCCUGGGAUUUCUAUCUUGAAUGGAAUUUACCUUACUAUCCCUGCCAAGAAAACUGUGGCACUUGUGGGAAGAAGUGGAUCAGGAAAAAGCAGCUUAAUUCCUCUUUUGGAAAGGCAUUAUGAUCCAACUUUGGGUUCUGUUCUUUUGGAUGGAGUAAACACUAAAACCCUAAAGCUAGAAUGGUUGAGACGCCAAAUAGGACUUGUUACAAAAGAACCAGCUUUAGUAUCUUUAAGCAUAGCAGAAAACAUUGCAUAUGGACGCCCUGACAUCACUUCAGAACAGAUCAAAAAAGCUGCAAAAUUAGCACAUGUGCAUACAUUCAUAACCUCCCUUCAAAAUGGAUACCAAACCCACGUGGAUAAACUUGGUUUAGAAUUCACAGAUGAACACAAGAUUAAAAUUUCUAUUGCUAGAGCUGUUCUUUCAAACCCUCCAAUUCUAUUGCUUGAUGAAGUUACAAGUAAUCUUGAUUUGGAAGCAGAAAAUGGUGUUCAUGAAGUUUUAAGGAUGAUUACACUUGGGAGAUCAACGGUCAUGAUCGCUCGGAGAUUAAGUCUUGUAAAAGAUGCUGACUUUAUUGCUGUUGUGGAAAGUGGUCAAUGUGUUGAGAUGGGUACACAUGAUGAACUGAUUAACACACGUGGUGUUUAUUAUGAGCUUCUUAAAUGUGAACAAGUAGUCAAACUUCCUGAAAGAUUACCAAGUAAGAAUCACAAUGAAAGGAUAGAUGAUAAUGUCCCUCAGUUAAAAGAGAAAGACAACAGUAAAUACCAACAUUCACCAUCUUUAACAAGAGUUAUGAAGCUAAGUUUACCAGAGUGGAUGUAUGCAGUUUUGGGAAGUGUAGGGGCUUCAAUUUAUGGAUCUUUUAGACCUAUUCUUGCUUACAUUGUUGGGUUGAUAGUGACUGCAUAUUAUAAAGCUGAUAAAAGCCAUAACAUUCAAAUUGAAGUUAACAAAUGGUGCUUGAUAAUCGCAUGUAUGGCUAUCGUUAUUUUAGUAGCCACAAUUUUGCAACAUUUUUACUUCGGAAUUGUGGGAGAAAAAAUAACAGAAAGAAUUAGAAGAAUGAUGUUUUCAGCCAUGGUUGAGAGUGAAGUAGGAUGGUUUGAUAAAGAAGAGAAUAAUAGUGACAAGUUGUUGACACACUUGGCUAAUGAUGCCACGUAUGUUCGUGCUGCUUUCACUGAUCAGCUUCCUAUUCUCGCCCAAGACUUUUUCGCUGCUUUUACUGCUGUAAUUAUUGGGUUGACUCUCGAAUGGAGGUUGACCAUGGUGGCGUUGACCACCAUACCAUUUCUCACACUCUCUGCAUCUGCACAGGUUUUUGACUUUUUUUUUCACUAUUCACAAUUUAUCUUCACCUUUUUAUCGCUUUUAAAACAAUUGAUCUUAACUUCUCAGAAAACAUGGAUUUUUGGAUUCUCACGUAGCAUAGAGAAGCUUCACAAGAAAGCAUCCAUGGUUCUGCAAGAUGUAGUAGGAAACAUCUCGACUUUCAUGGCGUAUUCAGCUGGAAACGAAGCAUCAAGACUUUACAGUUUAUACCUAAAGAAAGUUUACAGAAAAACUUUCUAUCAUGGAAUGUCUGUAGGAUUCAUGUUUGGGUUUUCAAGAUUCAUCCUCUUCGCCUGCAAUUCUGUUCUACUUUGGUACACUUGUGUUUCUGUAAAAAACGGGAACAUCGAUCUUCCAACAGCUCUUAGAGAAUACAUCGUUCUCUCGUUUGCAACAUUCGCACUAGUGGAACCAUUUGGGCUCGCGUUUAACAUACACAAGACACGAAAAACUCUCACUAGGGUUUUUAAGAUCAUCGAUCAUGUUUCUGAGAUUGAUAAAGCUUCUGCACUUAAACCAGUUAGUGCGUACGGGACGAUCGAGUUUAAAAAUGUCGAUUUCUGUUACCCAAAUAGUCCGGAAAUCAUGGUGUUGAGAGAUUUUACCGUAAAAAUCGACGGCGGACAUACGGUGGGUGUAGUCGGAGUUUCCGGCUCCGGUAAAAGCACGAUACUUUCUCUGAUUUUAAGAUUCUACAAUCCGAUUUCCGGGGAGAUUCUUCUAGAUGGAGAAGAUUUGAGAAAAUUCAAUCUACGAUGGCUAAGGAACCAGCUAGGGUUUGUCCAACAAGAACCGGUAAUCUUCGCGACGACGAUUAAACAAAACAUAACCUACGCGAGACGUAAUGCGAGCGAAACUGAAAUCAAAGAGGCGGCAAGAAUCGCAAACGCCCACCAUUUCAUAAGCAGUUUGCCGAACGGAUACGACACUCCGGUGGGUCCCGGUGGCGUGGAGUUAACACCAGGACAGAAACUGAGAAUUGCGAUUGCGCGUGUGGUGUUGAAAAACGCGCCGAUUUUGUUGCUUGAUGAAGCUGAUGGGACGAUUGAACAUGAAUCGAGACGUGUGGUGCAGGAGGCUCUUGAUACGCUUUUGAUCGGAAGUAAAACGACGAUUUUGGUUGCGAGAAGGGCGGCGAUGAUGAAACGAGUUGAUAAGAUUUUGGUUGUCAAUGGUGGUCAAAUUGUGGAGCAAGGGACUCAUGAUUCGCUUGCGGCGAUGAAAGAUGGUGUUUAUGCGAAGUUGACACAGCCUUGUUUUGUUACAGGACUUCGGCCUCGAUUUAUUGGUUCUACAAGGUAAGAUUUGGAAUUUUGGAUAGGGUGUAUGAAUCACGUGUUAUUUUAUGAUUCUUGGCAUGUUUUUGUAAAUCUUUAAUUAUAUACAUUUGAAUUUGCACAAAGAGGUAAAUGAUAUAUUAUUCUUUUAUCUUUUGUAAAGGCUAUUUAUAAUACUUUGAGUUGGUGAACUCGUGUGUAUAUAGAAUACGAAGAUGAUACAAUUACACAAUGGUUUAUGUGA